AUGUCUGAACCAGAGAGUCCCGUCCAAGUGCCCGAUGGCCAACCGAACCCGGUGCUCGUGGGUCCCGGGCUCAAGGCCCUCGAGAAGGACGCCUACACCCAUGCGACUAGUGCGACGCCUGCCAUAGAAUCCGCAUCGAGUGAGGUUCCUUCAUACUUUGCCAGUCUCGCGGGGCCCCAGGGGGAAUCAACGGACCUACCCGAUCUCGCCUCGCCGGUGCAGGCUGCGAGAAGGGCGUCAUCAGGCAUGGACCUACUACGCCGGUUAAGCUUGACCUCGGAAUCUGCCACAUUGCCCCAGCUGGACCCGCGCGUGGAACAUCCUGGGCUCAACCUAAGCGGCCGCCUCAUCAGCGCCACUUUCUGCAUUCCAUACAAACUGAACUUCCAAACUGGAUCAGACUGGACUCUCAAGUCCCGAUCUGGCACCUCCGCACUGUUUGAUUCAUUCGCACACCUUGCCUCGGAUGAGACUCCGUGGUCCCACACGCUGGUGGGCUGGACUGGAGAAGUCGAGCCCAUCAUGGAAGGGAAGACUCCAUUGCAGCAGAUUCAUCCCAACGCCUCCGGCCAGGCUCCCCCAGCGCCCCCCCACAAACAGCUCCCUGCCCACCCGUUGGUAGAGGGAAUCCAUGUCACCCAAAAGGACCGACAGAGACUUGACGAGCAGUUGAGUUCUGGUCGUCAUGGCCGCGUCCUGCCAGUGUGGCUAUCAGAUGCACUUGAGGAGCCACAAGAUACCAUAGUGCUCAAGGAUCAAAGCAGGUGGCGGCGGUAUGCCGAGCGUGAGCUAUACCCUUUGCUUCACUACAAGCAGCACGGCCCAACAGAUGGCCGAUCCGAGCGUCGUUGGUGGGGCGAUUAUCUUCGCCUGAACCAGCUCUUCGCGGACCGCAUCGCAGAGGAGUACCAGGAAGGCGAUGUGGUUUGGGUUCAUGACUAUCACCUCUUCCUUCUGCCUAGCCUGCUGCGGCAGCGCAUCCCCAACAUAUAUGUGGGCUUCUAUUUACACGCGCCAUUCCCUAGCAGUGAGUUUGUACGAUGUCUGGCGAAGCGGAAGGAAAUCCUAGAAGGAGUGCUGGGAGCAAACAUGGUUGGAUUCCAAACGUUCUCCUACUCUCGUCACUUCACCUCCUGCUGUACCCGUGUCUUGGGCUUUGAGUCUAACUCUGCUGGAGUGGAUGCUUAUGGGGCUCAUGUGGCAGUCGAUGUUUUCCCCAUCGGCAUCGACGCUCGUGCGAUUCAGAAAGCUGCCUUUGGGGCACCUGACAUUGAGAAGGCUGUGCAGGGAAUCCGGAAGCUUUAUGCCGGGAAAAAGAUCAUUGUCGGUCGUGAUCGACUGGAUAGUGUGCGUGGAGUCUCGCAGAAGCUGCAGGCCUUUGAGAUUUUCCUGGAGCGCUAUCCUGAGUGGCGCGAGAAAGUCGUUCUCAUUCAAGUAACGAGUCCGACCAGUGUGGAAGAGGAGAAGGAAGACCCCAACAACAAGAUUGCAGGUCAGAUCUCGAAUCUGGUCUCGACCAUCAACGGCAGAUUUGGCUCUUUGAGCUUUGCUCCCGUCCAGUACUAUCCGCAGUACCUGUCCCCGCGUGAGUAUUUCGCUCUUCUGCGGGUGGCAGAUGUCGGUUUGAUCACCACGGUGCGAGACGGCAUGAACACUACUAGUCUGGAGUAUAUUGUUUGCCAGCAGACCAACCACAGCCCUUUGAUUCUCUCUGAAUUCUCUGGUACUGCAGGCACCUUGCCCAGUGCCAUUCACAUCAACCCGUGGGAUCUUGUCGGAGUUGCUGGAGCCAUCAACCAAGCAUUGAACAUGCCCCCAGAUCUCCGAAAGGAUCAACACUUGAAGCUAUACAAACAUGUGGUGACCAACACCGUUGCCAUGUGGGCCAAGCAGUAUCUCCAUCGCCUACUGACCAACCUAUCAUCCUUUGACCAGUCGGUCGCUACGCCCGCACUCGAUCGUGGCAAAUUAAUAAAGCAAUACCGCAAGGCCCGUCGACGCUUGUUCAUGUUUGAUUAUGAUGGCACUUUGACGCCGAUUGUUAAGGAUCCCCAGGCGGCGAUCCCCUCGGAUCGGGUCCUCCGCACACUCAAAAGUUUAUCCGCCGAUCCGCGGAAUGCGGUGUGGAUUAUCAGUGGGCGAGACCAGGCUUUCCUGGACGAGUGGAUGGGCCAUAUUCCCGAGCUCGGACUGAGCGCUGAGCAUGGCUGCUUUAUCCGACAGCCUGGAUCGGAGGAGUGGGAGAAUCUGGCGGAGCGGACUAACAUGGGAUGGCAGAAGGAAGUUGUCGACGUGUUCCAGCAUUACACGGAACGAACCCAGGGCUCGUUCAUCGAACGGAAACGGGUGGCCCUGACUUGGCACUACCGCCGUGCCGACCCGGAGUACGGUGCGUUCCAGGCUCGCGAGUGUCGGAAGCAGUUGAAGAACACCGUUGCCAAGCGCUGGGAUGUCGAGGUCAUGGCGGGCAAAGCCAACCUGGAGGUGCGCCCGACUUUUGUGAACAAGGGUUUCAUCGCUACCCGGCUGGUCAAUGAAUACGGGACCGCUCCUGGAAAGGCGCCAGAGUUUGUUUUGUGUCUGGGUGAUGACUUUACUGAUGAAGAUAUGUUCCGUGCCCUUAAGAAAACGGAUCUGCCCCGCGACCAUGUGUAUUCAGUGACUGUCGGAGCCAGCUCGAAGCAGACCGAUGCCAGUUGGCAUUUACUGGAGCCUGCCGACGUCAUUGGGUCCAUCCAGAUGCUCCUCAGCAAUACCGACCAUUGA